UUACAUUUAUUGAUUCUAAUGUUUUGAAAUAGAAAUUUUAGGGCACCUGUGAGGAAAUUAAGUGGUUUAUCAGCGGCAAUGUGUCUUGUUUAUUACGUUGCCAUGCACUAGAACCUAAGGACUCGGUGGUUGUUUCCUUGAAAAUGUGAUUUAUACAAAAAAAAAUCGAGUGAUAGCAGCAUGGAUAAGGAAAAAAUAAAAUGGAACAUGGUGGCGAGUGUCGAAGGGAGCCGAGUCUGGAAACUGUGAGGGCCCUACAUCAAACAGUAGUCGCCCUUAGAGCUGCCCUUGAAGAAAGCAAAUCGGAAAUAUUAAAAUUAAAAAAUAGCUCCAGCAAUCCCAAGGAGGCUGUUACUCUAGAGAAUCGCCUACUUAAAGAGCCACCAGAAGAUCAAGCAUCCGAAGCACAAAAUGAACUGGGAAAAGAAGAAUCGACAGGUAAAAAAGUAACAAUCGCGUCACCGAAACGAAGCACAGGAAACAUCGAAGCCAGAAUUUCCAUAAAAAGAGAGUCUACAAGCCCCACAACAGCAACUCAAUCGCUCGAAAGCCUGACAAUACUAAAAUCGCCAUUGCAAUCGUUCACGUUAACGAAAACAUUCAAUUUCUCGCGCUCAUCCAGCCGCAUCGAUCGAAAGUUCAACCGAAACGUAAAUGAGAUGACUGACAAGGACCAAUCGAGCAAUUCCACCGAACCCAACCAAAACGACCUCGACCAGACCGAGGAGGUGGACGACAUCGAGCUGAUAUUCACCACCGACGAAACCAAAGAGUCCGACUUCAAGGAGCAGCUGGUCUCCAUCGACCCGGCCGAGGGCGGCGCCCGGGGGCCCGAUCUCCUACGGCUGCCCCUCGGCGAGACGGACCUGUCGGACAAGGAGCUGGACGACGACGUGUUCAACGACAACGAGCACCAGGACAACAGCCACUUCCGGCGGGACAACUCCCAAAUCUGCGACUCCAAGUCGGACGUUUCCAUCAAUCAGGAGAAGAGCGCGAAGAGCUACUACUCGUUGCAGGAUUCGAGCUUCGAGAACCGGUCGAUCGACAAGGACGAGAGUUUCGAUCGGUUCGAAGAGAGGAUUCGCAUCAUCGAAACGGAUAUUUCCAAGUGCGGUAUACACGACGUUGAAUACGUGGUAGGAAGGAGGAAUACUUGCCCUAAUCCUUUGCAGUACAGGCCGCUAUUACAUAGGGAGGCUUUGUCGAAGAGUGGAAGAAGAUCUAGACCUAUAUUGACUCAAUCGAAUGCUGUUAGGAAGGAUUCUGGCGCUCAAACUGAUAUAUCAGCGAUACCAGGAUCUCAAUGGAGGUCUGAGAGUAGCCUAGCUAAUAAGUCGAGAUUGGGCGAUAACUUCACAACGCUACCAUCGAAAUUACCGCUGCCGGGCUCCCGUUUGCGCUUAUCAGAAAAAACCGUAGAAGCUCGAAGAGUCCUACUUUCAGACAUCGGCUUCACCAGCAUGGUGCCCGAGCUGUCCCGAUCAGCCGACCACCUCUUUCCAGCCGUUUUAAAACCCACCGGAGUGACGCCCACCUACGGGCAAUUCCUCAAGACCACCGACUUGUACUCCCCCGGAGGAUACGUGUCGCAGAAGUUCACGUGGAGCGCCGCGACGGCGUCGCCGAGCGAGGCGAGCCAAUCGCAGUCGCAGUACGGCAGCUUGUGCCCGCUGAACGCGGCGUCGAGACGGUGCUCGGCGCCGGUGUCGCCGUCGCGGCGGGCCGUCUCGAAGCAGGCGCCUUCGAAAGUGCGAUUCGCCAACGGGUCUCUGCCCGAGUUGAGAGGCGAUUGGAGCACGUUGGACAGCGGGGACUCCACCGAUAGCUUGGUGGAGGAAGCCGAGAAUUAUUUGAGGAGGUCCAUCGAUUGUAUCGUCACGGGAAGGGACACGUUCGCUUCUUAUUGCGAGGGGAAAACUAAAACUGGCGUUCGGAGGGCUUCUGCUCCGGAACCUUCGGGGGAUAACGUACCGCCUCCUGGUUGGGUGCCGUUUCUGCCUAGGGUUUCGCGGGAUUUGAAGCUGGAUAAUUGGGUGAAAGUUAUCACUUCUGAGGGUAGAGUGAAGGGCGGCAGGGUGAGGUACGUGGGGCCUGUGACGUCGCAAACGGAGCAUUUCGUGGGCGUGCAAUUGGGCAGCCCUGACGGGUAUUGCGAUGGUACCUUCAACAAUAGGAAAUAUUUUCAAUGCGAACCUUAUCAUGGUAUAUUCGUGCCGUUCAGGAAGGUUAUUAUGGGCUGGAGGCCGUAGUAUAUAUUUUUAAAAUAUAAGUAUACACCCUUAACAGGAACGGAUUUUGCUUAUUGUUAAUAAUAUUAACAAAUUCGUGGAAGAUAUUAAUGUUAUUUAAGACUGUUCCUGUUUAUAUUUCAUUCAAAUUAGUCUUAAAUGUGCCAUGUUUCAGGUACAAAACAUGCAAAAAAAUAAAAAAAAAUGAAUGGUGGUGAUAGAUUUUUCUAGUCAAUAUUUGUGUUAAUAUCUCGAAUUGUUCAUUUUGAUUAAUUUACUUACUUACUUACUUACUGAAAAAUAUAUUUUUUUAAUGAAAAAAACAAAAAAAAUCGCCAAAAACCAAUGAUUAAGUCGAGGGUAAUUAGCUUAAGAGUUAUUGCUCUUAACGUACUAAUUCACAAAUUAAAAGAGAAGUAAUUCUUAAAUAAAUGUAUAGAUUGCACAGAAAAAUAGCCUGUACUUAGGAUAUUUUACAGUAACUUUACUUGUCUCCGUUAUGGAAAUAUUUUUGGAUGAUUGUAUGGAAAAGAUAUUCUUUUACUUGACCAGGCGGGUAUGUAUACAAUAAUAAAGUCGGCUUGUGCUGGAACAAUUACGAAAGAGCAUUAGCAGUGCAGAUAGUAUAAACAUUAAACAUUGAAGAUCGAAAUGAAGAAGGCCUAAAGACCAUUGUAUGUAUUGUAUCUCAUUGUGCGACUGGAAUAUUUAUAAAAGCUGCAAAUAAAUCGAGGCGUAUUCUAAAUGUUUUCCUGUAAGAUUCUCCGUUUUUAAUAUUUUACUGCGUACCUUAAGGAAUUGACCAUAGAAUUUAGGAGAAAACCUUUGUUUAGACGAUUUCGAUAAUUAUGUACUGUUUGAAGUAAGCAAUGAAGCUUUUAUGUGUUAAUUUUUGUGUACCUGAAAUAUCAAAUAUGUACUUAUAUUUCUUGAUUAUUCGCAGGAAUAAUUCAAACGUUUAGGCCUAGCUUUCAUUCUGUAAGCACUGAAGUUCUGCAAAUUUUUAAUGAAGUAAUAAAAUCGGACAAAUUUCAUUACAUCAUUAAUAUUAUUGGUAAAUUUAUCGUUAUCCUAAACCAGUAUUUCAACAAGUUCCCCAUGGAAACUAUUGAUCAAAGACUUUCCAAUAGUUGUAAUCGAUAAUGUAAUAAUUGUAUAUGAAUUAAUGUUAAUAGGUAAUUACAG